AUGAAGUUCUUCUCUCUCUUCGCGUCUCUCGCACUCAGCGCCGUGCAAGUCACGGCCGCGCCGGCCGAGCUUGCCGCUCGCGCGCCGACUCUGUACCUCUGUGGAGACAGCACCAUGGCUCGCAGCAGUGACUCUCAGAUGGACGGCUGGGGACAGUACGUUUCCAAGUACCUGAACAUCGCCGUUGUCAACAGGGCCAUCGGCGGCCGCUCUUCUCGUUCUUUCUGGAACGAGGGUCGCUUCCAGAACGUCGCGAACGAGGUCAAGUCCGGAGACAUUGUCGUCAUCGAGUUCGGCCACAACGAUGUCGGCUCCCCCCGCUCCAACGACAACGGCCGCUCCGUCUGCCCCGGCGAGGGCACCGAGACUUGCGUCUCCGACACCACCGGCGAGACCGUGUACACCUUCGUCUUCUACGUCAUCCAGGCUGCUAAGCUCAUGCGGGCCAAGGGCGCCACUGUCAUCCUCAGCUCCCAGACCCCCAAGAACCAGUGGUCGACCGGCACCUGGGUUGGCAUUCCCUCUCGCUUCGUCCCCAUGCAGUUGAAGGCGAAGAACGCCCUUGCAGACAGCGGAGUCACCUUCUUCGACCACCACCAGGCUGUCAGCAACAUGUACCGCAAGAUGGGCGCCUCUGCCGUCAACGCUCUGUACAUCAAGGACAACACCCACACCAGCCCUGCCGGUGCCGACCUCAGCUCCCAGGCGUUUGUCCAAGGCAUCUCUCAGAGCAUGAACGGCACCACCAGCCUGGCUGCCCACGUCAAGACCCCGGUCAAGAUCGUGUACUAA